UCUAGUUCUCUAAUUGAUGAUUAACCAUAAGUUAUUGAGCUGCAAAGGCUUUAAAAGCAUCACCUAUUAAUAAUUUUGGGUACUUUAGGAUUUUUUUUUGGGUGCUUUGAAGGUUUCAAGUAAUCAGCUUGAACCUUGCGGAAAACUUUCCAAAUGCUUUGUAAAAACUUGAUGUACUCUCUUCUCUUAUACAAGCUGAACACUUUGUGUACAAGGCCUAAAAGCAGUAUUAAAAAAAGAUAUUACCGAUACAAUUACCAUGACCACUUGGAAUGUUUGGUGAACAAACCCAGCACCUCCUUGCUUCCACAACCGCAUUCUAUUUGGCAUUGUCCAUCCACCAUGUUCUCCUUCAAGGUCAUACAUCCACCAUGUUCUCCUUCAGGUCAUCCAUCCACCACGUUCUCCUUCAGGUCAUCCAUCCACCAUGUUCUCCUUCAAGUCAUCCAUCCACCAUGUUCUCCAUCAAGUCAACCUUCCACCAUGUUCUCCUUCAAGUCAUCCUUCCACCAUGUUCUCCUUUAAGUUAUCCAUCCACCAUGUUCUCCUUCAAGUCAUCCUUCCACCAUGUUCUCCUUCAAGUCAUCCAUCCACCAUGUUCUCCUUCAAGUCAUCCUUCCACCAUGUUCUCCUUCAAGUCAUCCUUCCACCAUGUUCUCCUUCAAGUCAUCCAUCCACCAUGUUCUCCUUCAAGUCAUCCAUCCACCAUGUUCUCCUUCAAGUCAUCCAUCCACCAUGUUCUCCUUCAAGUCAUCCAUCCACCAUGUUCUCCUUCAAGUCAUCCAUCCACCAUGUUCUCCUUCAAGUCAUCCUUCCACCAUGUUCUCCUUCAAGUCAUCCAUCCACCAUGUUCUCCUUCAGGUCAUCCAUCCACCAUGUUCUCCUUCAAGUCAUCCAUCCACCAUGUUCUCCUUCAAGUCAUCCAUUCACCAUGUUCUCCUUCAAGUCAUCCAUCCACCAUGUUCUCCUUCAAGUCAUCCAUCCACCAUGUUCUCCUUCAAGUCAUCCAUCCACCAUGUUCUCCUUCAAGUCAUGCAUCCACCAUGUUCUCCAUCAAGUCAUCCAUCCACCAUAUUCUCCUUCAAGUCAUCCAUCCACCAUGUUCUCCUUCAAGUCAUCCUUCCACCAUGUUCUCCCUAAAGUUAUCCAUCCACCAUGUUCUCCUUUAUCUCAUCCAUCCACCAUGUUCUCCUUCAAGUCAUCCAUCCACCAUGUUCUCCUUCAAGUCAUCCAUCCACCAUGUUCUCCUUCAAGUCAUCCAUUCACCAUGUUCUCCUUCAAGUCAUCCAUCCACCAUGUUCUCCUUCAAGUCAUCCAUCCACCAUGUUCUCCUUCAAGUCAUCCAUCCACCAUGUUCUCCUUCAAGUCAUCCUUCCACCAUGUUCUCCCUAAAGUUAUCCAUCCACCAUGUUCUUCUUUAUCUCAUCCAUCCACCAUGUUCUCCUUCAAGUCAUCAACUUGCUUUAAAAUUGAACCGAUGGACGCCUAACCAAUAGGUCAAAAACGAUCGUUAGUAUGCAAAAGCAUCGG